AAUCAUUAAUUACCGCGCUAUGCCGACCCAGCUGCUUACCUCUGGGAAAAUUAAAAACAAAAAAUCAAAUUAUCAUAGAAAUAAACUUAAGCGUAACAUGGCCUACAUCUCAGAAAGCAUGCCAAAACGUAAAAGGCUUUAUAUAACCGGCCUGGCUGGUCUCGGCCUGGUAAUUUUGGUUGCGUUAUACAAAUACGGCUCCCAAAAUUCAUCAAUAUCUGGACCUGAAGACUGCUUUUUCUGUGAUUUUGCUCAUCAUAGGCCAAGUUCCAGGGGCCCAAAUCCAAAUCUCGAGGUGGAAACGGAAGAAUACGUCAUAUUUAAGGAUAAAUAUCCGGCUGCCCGACAUCAUUACUUGGCGAUUCCCAAAGAGCAUUUUGAGAGCUUCAGCGUCCUCAACAGGUCUCACCUGGAACUGGUGCAGCGCAUGGAGUUGGGAAUGAUCGAGCUGUUGAGAUCUAAGAAUGUGAAUCCAGCCGAAGCCAUAAUUGGAUUCCACAUACCCCCUUUUAUAUCGGUGCAUCACCUUCACCUGCACGGCAUUCAUCCGCCCUCCGAUAUGAACUUCUUAAAUAAGAUCAAUUUUAUGCCCUCAUUCUGGUUUAAAAAGUCCGAGGAUGCGAUAUUAGACUUGGAAAGUCGAGAGCUGUGAAGAGACGAAAAGUUGUACAAUUGUUUAUCUUUUUAUCAUAUUUAAGAGCUGGCAAAUAUCUUAUUUCCUGUGAAUGACAGUCUUACCAGUGAUGCCACUCUCUCAGGAAAACUUCGAAUACUCCCGUUGUAUAUACAAAUUUUUGAUUUCCAUUAAUAAUCGCGACCAAAAAUAUGAAAUGAAGAUCGCGGAAAAUAUAUUUUAUAAAAUGUUAA